GGACGGAAGUUGCACCACAAGUACAAUUAGUUUCAGUUUUGUUUCUCUUGCAGGCAACCAGCUACAAACAACCAGGUCCAGGCCUGGGAGUCUCUCUAGUUCCUGGAGCCCAAGUUCAUCUCUGGCUAGGCGCCACUCUGCAAGCGGCAUUACUGAAUGUGUCUCAGGAGUGGGAGGGGAGUCCCCUAGCUGGAGAACAAGUGGCCCAAGACGCCCGGGGACCAAAAGGACCUUCCUGGCCAGUCAGCAGAAUGGUUUCCCAGGGCUCCGCGCCCUCCCUGCUGGAGGCCCUGAGCAGCGACUUCCUGGCCUGCAAAAUCUGCCUGGAGCAGCUCCGGGCGCCCAAGACGCUGCCCUGCCUGCACACCUACUGCCAGGACUGCCUGGCGCAGCUGGCCGACGGCGGCCACAUCCGCUGCCCCGAGUGCCGCGAGACCGUGCCCGUGCCGCCCGCCGGCGUGGCCGCCUUUAAGACCAACUUCUUCGUCAACGGGCUCCUGGACCUGGUGAAAGCCAGGGGAGACCUGCGGGCAGGCAAGCCAGCCUGUGCCCUGUGCCCUCUGGUCGGGGGCACCAGCGCCGGGGGGCCGGCCACGGCCCGCUGCCUGGACUGCGCCGACGACCUGUGCCAGGCCUGUGCCGACGGGCACCGCUGCACCCGCCAGACCCACAGCCACCGCGUGGUGGACCUGGUAGGCUACAGGGCAGGCUGGUACGACGAGGAGGCCCGGGAGCGCCAGGCCGCCCAGUGUCCCCAGCACCCGGGGGAGGCCCUGCGCUUCCUGUGCCAGCCCUGCUCACAGCUGCUGUGCCGCGAGUGCCGCCUGGACCCGCACCUGGACCACCCCUGCCUGCCCCUGGCUGAGGCGGUGCGCGCUCGCAGGCCAGGCCUUGAGGAGCUACUGGCGGGCGUGGACAAAAACCUGGCGGAGCUGGAGGCCGCCCGGGCGUCGGAAAAGGAAGGGUUGGCCCGGCUGCGGGAGCAGGCGGCCAGGGUGGGGUUGCAGGUGGAGGAGGCGGCCGAAGGCGUCCUCCGGGCCCUGCUGGCCCAGAAGCAGGAGGUGCUGGGGCGGCUCCGGGCCCACGUGGAGGCUGCCGAGGAGGCUGCCUGGGAGAGGCUGGCCGAGCUGGAGAGCCGGGAGCAGGUGGCCCAGGCGGCCGCCGCCUUUGCCCGCAGGGUGCUCAGCCUGGGUCGCGAGGCCGAGAUCUUGUCGCUGGAAGGAGCCAUCGCUCAGAGGCUCCGGCAGCUACAGGACAGUCCCUGGGCCCCCGGGCCAGCCCCGUGCCUGCUGCCCCGGCUGGAGCUCCACCCUGGGCUCCUGGACAAGGACUGCCACCUGCUCCAACUUUCCUUCGAGGAGCUGCCGCCCCGGGAGGAUGACGAGAGAGCAGGUGCUGACACCCAGAGAGGGGACGGAACCCAGAGCCCCAGAGAGGACCGGGCCGAGGCCCAGCCCCCGAAAGAGGAAAAAGCCCAGGCAGCCCCGGAAGAUGGAGGCUCCCAGGCUCCCAAAGAGGAAGCCACGGCCAAGGUGUCCCAAGCAGAGAAGGCCCAGGUGACCCCAAAGGAGGACAGAGCCCAGUCGCCCCAAGAAGACCGAGGAGCCCACACAGAGAGGGGUGCCAGGGCCAACAAGAAGAGGAAGUUUAAGGGCAGGCUCAAGUCCAUUUCCCGGGAGCCCAGCCCCGCCCCGGGGCCCAACCUGGAAGGCUCCGGCCUCCUGCCUAGACCCAUCUUCUUCUGCAGCUUCCCCACGCGCAUGCCGGGAGACCGGAGGUCCCCGCGAAUCACGGGGCUCUGUCCCUUCGGCCAGCGGGAGAUCCUGGUGGCAGACGAGCAGAACAGGGCACUGAAACGCUUCUCCCUCAACGGCGACUACAAGGGCACCGUGCCUGUCCCCGAGGGCUGCUCCCCGUGCAGUGUGGCCGCCCUGCAGGGGGCGGUGGCCUUCUCGGCCGGCGCCCGGCUCUACCUUAUCAGCCCCGAAGGCGAGGUGCAGUGGCGCCGGGCGCUGAGCCUGUCCCAGGCCAGCCAUGCGGUGGCCGCGCUGCCCAGCGGGGACCGGGUGGCGGUCAGCGUAGCGGGCCACGUGGAGGUGUACAACAUGGAGGGCAGCCUGGCCACCCGCUUCAUCCCCGGGGGCAGGGCCAGCCGCGGGCAGCGGGCACUGGUGUUCCUCACCGCCAGCCCCCAGGGCAACUUCGUGGGCUCGGACUGGCAGCAGAACAGCGUGGUGGUGUGCGACGGGCUGGGCCAGGUGAUCGGGGAGUACCGGGGGCCGGGCCUGCACGGCUGCCAGCCGGGCUCCCUGACCGUGGACAAGAAGGGCUACAUCUUUCUGACCCUCCGAGAAAUCAACAAGGUGGUGAUCCUCGACCCCAAGGGGUCCCUUCUUGGCGACUUCCUCACGGCCUACCACGGCCUGGAAAAGCCCCGCGUGACCACCAUGGUGGACGGCAGGUACCUGGUCGUGUCCCUCAGCAAUGGGACCAUCCAUGUCUUCCGGGUCCGUUCUCCCGACAGUUAAAGGGGUCGGG